CAGUAAAAUAUAAAGCAAUAUUUGGUCUCAGUGCUGAUUCCCAGAUUCACAUGGAUAUGAAGAGGAUACGCUAUAGUAGCAGGCUGACAGCUUGCCUUAUUAAAGAAGCGGUGUCACUUUAGCAAGGGGAGGGCGGCACAGAGAGAGCGCCAGGAAAGCAGAGCACAGACCAAUAUCUUUUCUUUAAUUCAUUCUUCGCUGCAGCUCUCAGCGUGGAAAGGCUCAUCCGGGAGAGGCAGAAAGAACCGACAUUCCCAAUGAUCUCCCUGACUCUUCCAGGUUACCAGUCAAGCUCUGAUUUAAGGACAUUACAGGUAAACUCACGUCUGGGAUUUCCACUUGAAAGAUGGAAUUCCAGGCUGAUUUGGAAGAGGAUAUUGAUAUUCAAGAUAACAGUUCCCAAAUAUUUCGCAACUUUUCCAUGUCUGAUCCAAGCGGCAAUGUUACCUAUGUCAAUGUUAUAAUGCCGACAGUCUUUGGAGUCAUCUGUUUGCUUGGGAUCAUUGGCAAUAGUGUUGUCAUAUACACCGUCUUCAAGAAGUCCAAAUUCAGGUGCAGCAGCAGCGUGCCAGAUAUAUUUAUCAUUAAUCUGUCGGUGGUAGACCUGCUUUUCCUCCUCGGCAUGCCCUUUCUAAUCCACCAGCUUCUGGGCAAUGGAGUUUGGCAUUUUGGAGAAACCAUGUGCACCCUUAUUACUGCUUUAGAUACCAACAGCCAGUUUACAAGCACUUACAUACUCACUGCCAUGUCCAUCGAUCGUUACCUUGCCACAGUGUACCCAUUCACCUCGGCAAAGUAUCGGAAGCCACCUAUAGCCAUUAUGGUCAUCUGCAUUCUCUGGGUGCUGUCACUUCUAAGCAUCACCCCCGUUUGGAUGUAUGCAAGGCUUAUCGCUCUGCCUGGAGGGGUUCUGGGAUGUGGAAUCACACUCCCUAACCCAGAAAGUGACAUAUACUGGUAUACACUGUAUCAAUUUUUUCUGGCUUUCGCCAUUCCAUUUGCUGUGAUCUCAGUGGCGUACCGCAGAAUCCUGUUGAAAAUGGCAUCCUCGGAAGCCCUGACAGCUCACAGGAGUUCCAGGAUAAGGACUAAGAAAGUAACCAGGACAGCAAUCGCAAUAUGCCUGGUUUUCUUCAUCUGCUGGGCUCCAUUUUACGUUCUUCAGAUAAUUCAGUUGGUGAUGGACCAGCCAACUCUUGCUUUCCAUUAUGCUUACUGUGUUGCAAUUAGCAUGGGCUAUGCAAACAGUUGUAUAAACCCUUUUAUCUACAUUAUCCUGUGCGAGACCUUUAGGCGUAGGUUCAUUGUCUCCGUACAACCAGCAGAAGACCAUCCAGAGAGCAGGAUCCGCAUGAAAUUCCGAACAGAUCCACCCUCUGGGAGUGGACAACCGCUCCUUCAGCUUGUUCCUGUAUCAACUGGCAGCUAACCCAAUGGUCAUGUAUGGUCAAUCAUUUGUAUUCAUGUUAUGAAGUUAAUAAUUAUCUUUUCAACAUGUGCAUGAGAUUGUGGUAGAAAAUCCCACCACCACCUGUAUUGUGUAGGUCAUUGUGCAAGAAUGUUUCCUGUCAGUCUUAAAAGAUCAGAGCAAUGCUGGAUAUAUUAAACCAUUCUACUAACUUGGAAGGUGCCCCAUGAAUUAUGAGUGUAGCCAUGUGGAUGCCUUUAUGCGCUGAGACAGAAGAUUUAUUGUAUUUUUUUUUUUCACUGCAAUGAGAAUGUACAAAUUUCUAAAGAUCUUUUCUUUUAUGGUGCACAAUCAUGACUUGCAUUCUGUAGACUAUUUGGGAAAAAAGGCUUCUUACACAUUUAAUAAAUGCAAGGGAAUGGCAA